UUAUAAACCACAGCAAGGCAAGCAACUUCUUCAUUAUUUCUUUCUUACACUAGCAUUAUAAUUCAUCAUGGGUGUCAUCAAUUUUGAGGAAGAAACCACCUCUGUUGUAGCUCCAGCUACACUUCACAAAGCUUUUGUUACAGAUGCUGACAACCUUAUCCCAAAGGUUAUUGAUGUCAUCAAAAGUAUUGACAUUGUUGAAGGAAAUGGUGGCGCCGGAACCAUCAAGAAACUCACUUUCGUUGAAGAUGGUGAAACCAAGUAUGAUUUACACAAAGUGGAGUUAGUAGAUGAUGCUAACUGGGCUUACAACUACAGCAUUGUUGGAGGUGAUAGUCUUCCAGACACAGUAGAGAAGAUUUCAUUUGAAGCUAAACUGUCUGCAGGUCCAAAUGGAGGAUCCAUUGCAAAACUUAGUGUGAAAUACUUUACAAAAGGAGAUGUUACUCCAAGUGAAGAGGAACUCAAGAGUGGCAAAGCUAAGGGUGAUGGUCUUUUCAAGGCCCUUGAGGGUUACUGUUUGGCUAAUCCUGAUUACAACUAAAGCAUAUAAUUAAAUGCUUAUUCAUGGUGUGAUGUGACACAGGAUAAGCUAUAUCCAGUUUGCUUAAUUUGGGUACCAAUGUAAUUCUCUAUUUUUCCCCCUUUCCUUUUGGUAAGGAAGUUUGAGUGUGAGAUUGUAAGUCAUGAGUGCCUCCCUUCAAAACAUUGUCAGCUUUUUUUAAUAAAGAGAUUGUUACUAUUUAUA